AUGGCUGGAAACAGCCACGGCGGUGUUGCUACAUCGGGCGAGGGUGGUUAUGCCGUCAUGACCGUCAUGACCCAGCGUCGCGGCAUCCAUUCUUCGGGACGCAAGUCGUCGACUGCUGCGGGACUCCCCGGUGCCGUUCCUCCGCCUGCCAAUUUGGAACCCAGCCGCGCACCGCUCUCUGUCUUGCCUCUGAGCAUGAUCCUCCGCUCCUUGGGAACGACCGUCGUAUCUUCAUCUCCACUGCUGCUGCCACCUUCCCUGGGACUCAUGCAACUCUUGGCCAACAGUACCAACCCCAUCUUCAACCCAGACAAAAACCCUCUCCUUCGCUUCUUUCUCAAAAAGUCCUUCUAUGCCCAGUUUUGUGCCGGCGAAAACCCCGCCGAAGUCAAGGCUACCAUUGGUAGACUGAAGGAUAUUGGUUUCACCGGGGUCAUCUUGGGAUACGCUCGUGAGGUUGUCUUGACGCAGAAGGAAGGUCAGGGGGUUGAUUUGCCCAGCAUGACUGAGCAGGAGGUACAAAGAGCCAUCGAUACCGAAAUCGUUCCUUGGACCAAAGGCACUCUCGAAACCGUUCGACUGGCACAACCCGGAGACUUUGUUGCACUAAAAUUCACCGGUGCUGGUAGUAUAGCUCUGUACCAGCUCAGGAACCGGCUUCCUGCACACCCGUAUCUCAGCGAAUCGAUCUACUCCAUCUGCCAACUGGCCCAUGAACGUGGCGUCCGUCUUCUAUUUGAUGCCGAACAGAAUGCCCUUCAGGAUGGAAUUGACGACUGGACGAUGGAGUUUGCCACCAAGUACAACUCUUCACCUGAUUCUGCCACCGUAUAUGGAACCUACCAAGCAUACAAGAAAAACAUCCCAUCCGUGUUGAGUCGCCACCUUGCUCAGGCUCAAGAGGGCCGCUUCACCCUUGGGGUCAAACUUGUCCGUGGGGCCUAUCUCGGAUCCGAUCCUCGCGAAUGUUUUCACGACACAAAAGCCGAUACGGAUGCCUGCUAUGACAGUAUUGCUGCCAGUGUCUUGACUCGCCAGUGGAACGGUACACUUUCCGGCAAUGGCGAGUAUCCUUCAGCGCAUCUAGUCCUUGCUACCCACAACGCCGAGUCCGUUCAGAAGGCUCGCGCCAUCUGCGAUGCCGGUGGCGCCAAAUCAGAAAUCGCUUUCGCUCAGCUCCAGGGCAUGGCCGACGAGAUUAGUUGCGAGCUUGUCGAAGCUAGCAACUCUGCCCGCGUUGACGCUGCCUCGACAGCACCUAAGCUGCCUGUGUACAAGUAUCUCGUAUGGGGUACCACGGGCGAGUGCAUGAAGUACCUGCUGCGACGCGCUCAAGAAAACAAGGACGCUGUUCAACGCACCAGGAGUGGUCGGGAUGCUAUGUUGGCUGAAGUUGUCCGGCGUAUUAAAAACGCCCUUCGUCUUGCGUAG